AUUUCCCCUUCACACAUUAUUGUGGCCUGGUAGAUCAGCAAUUCCAAAACUUGCUGAUUUAUGCGGAAGUGAGAGCUCUUCAGUUUCCCAUGUGCAGUGAUUCUCAACCUUUUUAUACUUGAGGCACUCCUUAGAAAAUGCCAGCUUUUAGCUUUUGUUAUUUUUCCAUGGUCAAGAAACAAAAAGCAAUUCUUACGUUGCAGAGAACUCAGAAAGACCCCAACCCAACAGGUCAGAGUGGUUUUUUGCCUCUGGAUUCCUAUUUGAUAUCUCUCAGUCUAUCCUGUGCAUCAUGUAGAUGUUUCCACACCUAACUGUGUGGUACCCUUAAGAGUCUCUCAGAACCUGGCUGAGAAUCGCUGCCUUAGUUCUAAAAAGAGGGUAAUAACGUAUCUGUCUCUAUUUACUCUUUUUGCUCUCUGAGUGUUUGAUCUUGCAUCCGGUAUGAUGCGACUGCUCCACCAGUCUUGCUGCUUUCUGUGGGACAGAAAUGGAAGAUCCAGCGGAAGGUCCCAGCUGGACCAUGGCAGCAGUGGCCUCCAAUUCCAAACGCGUAUGGCCAUGCAGAAGCCCAACACCCUGCCCUUGACUUCUGUGGCAAUUGCUAGUCCUUAGGGCUUCUCAAAAUUGACUGCAGUUUCGUAGUUGGUAAUGUCGAAAGGGACCUGAGCAGAUCAUCAAGUCCGACCCCCUGCCAUGGGCAGGAAAGAAUGCUGGGGUCAAAUGACCCCGGCUAAGUGUCUAUCUAUCUAGCCUCCUUUUGAAGACGCCCAGGGUAGGAGCCAGCACCACUUCCCUUGGAAGUUGGUUCCAGAUCCUAGCUGCCCUGACAGUGAAGUAGUGCCUCCUGAUGUCUAGCCUGACUCUGCUCUCCAUCAACUUAUGGCCAUUAUUCCUUGUUACUCCCAGUAGUGCUCGGGGGAACAAGGUCUCUCCCAUUGCCUGCUGGUCUCCCUUGGCCAGUUUAUAGGCAGCCACCAGAUCCCCUCUCAGCCUUCUCUUGUGGAGGCUGAACAGGUUCAGGUCUCGUAGCCUCUCCUUGUAGGGCCUUCCCUGCUGCCCCCUGAUCAUGAGUGGUCCCUCUCUGGACCCUCUCCAUGUUGUCCACAUCCCUCCUGAAGUGCAGUGCCCAGAACUGAAUACAGCACUCCAACUGUGGUCUAACCAAUGUCAUAUAAAGGGGAAGGAUCACCUCCUUGGACCUACUCGUCAUGCAUCUGUGGAUGCAUGACAGAGUACGGUUGGCCUUCCUGACUGCGUCCCCACACUCUCGACCCAUGUUCAUCUUGAAGUCUAUAAUGACUCCAAGAUCCUUUUCUGCCUCUGUGCUGACGAGAGGGGAGUUCCCUAGCUUGUAGGUCUGCUGCUGGUUCUUUCUCCCUAGGUGCAGUACCCUGCACUUGUCAGUAUUGAAUCCCAUCUUAUUCUCAUUUGCCCACCCCUGAAACCUGUCCAGAUCCAAUUACAGCCUAUCCCUGGGCCCUUCUAGCGUGCACACUUCUCCGCACAUCUUCGUGUCAUCCGCAAAUUUGAACAAGGUGCUUUUCACCCCCUCGUCCAAGUCGCUGAUGAAGGUGUUGAACAGUGCGGGCCCGAGGACCGAGCUCUGGGGGACCCCGCUGCCCACAUCCCUCCAGGUCAAAAAUGACGCAUCCACCACCACCCUCUGGGUGCAGCUCUCCAGCCAAUUGGCGACCCAUCUGACUGUGUAGGCAUCAACACCACAAUCUCCUGAUUUUUUUUAGACGAGAAUGGGGUGAGAGACAGUGUCAAAGGCCUUCCUAAAAUCCAGAAAGACUAUGGUCACUGUGACACCAUCUCAACUCUGACACACAUUCAUGUUACUAGAUAUUCAGAAAUGGGGGCCCCAACAUGGUAUGCCUUGAUUUUCCCCCCCUCAGAAAUGGAUGCCUUGUUCCCAUGUCGUUUUGGAAGUUAGAAUCCCUGCUUUCUGCAAAUCCAUUCCUAGCUUCUAACGAAACAAGCUGUUGCUUAUGAAAGCUUUAUGCCCCUCUGAAACGGUCUGUGGUGCCACCCUGCUCUGCCUUCAGGUAGAAGGUGUAAGACUUGCUGCAGCCUAGCAGUUUUCAAUAAAGCUCCCUACAAACAGAGGGGCAUCAAAGGCUUGUGAGACCGAGUCUCUUCGGGAUAUGGUGCAGAAAAUCUGCAUGCACCAUGCUUCUGGUCCUAUUUAGGAAGGACUUGCCAUCAGGUGCUACUGCUGCCUUUUUGGGACUGAUGAGCAGCAAUCUAGCCAGCCAGCUAGGUUAGCCUCUGGUAUCUUGAAGGUUUUUGUCUGAAUUACCUGCAGCUCUUGGACUUGUGGUGGCAGAGCCUAGAGAAAGGGGUUCAAUAAAAGCUAUAAUGGUUCUAGGCUAACUGGAAAGCAUCUUAUUUCCCUGUUCUGAAAUAUUACUCAUAUGCUGGGCAGGGGCAGGGGAGGGAUGCACUUUGCAUUGCUGGGGAAACCUGAAACCACAUGCUAUUGAACUGCUCUGCACUAGCCAAGUGCUAGAUGAGAAGUGUCUCCUGUCCCCCCACUCCACCCUGGACUUGGUUCUAUGCUGGGGCGAAGGAUUCUAAACUACCACUCAGUUCCUGGGGUUUACAUGUCUCUCCAUUUUCAAAUAACUAGGCCUUUGAGGAAGGGCUAAUCGGGUUUCCUGGGCCUCACCUGUGCAAGGAAGGUAAGUGUUUUACAGAACUCCAGCUGAAUCCUACCCGCCAUUAAAUAGCUUUUCCAGUUGCCUAGGCUGCCUUCACAUCUUAAAAAUCUACUUGUUUCUUCUUUUCUCCUGCUUCAGGAAGAGGCAGCUUCUCCAGGUACAGCUACUUGUGUGUGUAGUUGGCUCUGGUUCUCAAGUGUAAUGGAAAAAGGCUGCCCAAGUUUGUGGGAAGAGAAUUGGCUUCCAUGCCUGCUCUGUGACCAUAAGGAAGUUCCUGCAUCUGCUUCCCUUCCAGAUUGUACACCCUUCUGGGCAAUGACUGCUGCAUUAGGUGUUCAUGUGGUACGGGGCAGGCUAGGACUCUGAUCUUGGCCCUGGGUCAUUUAGAGGGGGGGUGAUUUAAUGGCUCCUUUAUCAGUUCUUCAUUUUUCCUUUGCAUUUGUGGGGGAAGAACAGGAAUUGCUGAAGGUUUCAAAUUUCCCUAAUCUGAGGGCAUCUGUCAAUAUUUACCUUUGCUACAAUGUUCUGGUUUGUUGAGGUACAAUUAAAGAAAGCUUCUGAAUAUAAGGUACACCAGCCCCUCCUGCCACCACCCUUCCAACAGCCUUGAGUAUGGGGGGGACCUUGUUUUUUAAAAGGGAAGAUCUUUGCAUGCUUAUUUACUGAAAAAGCCUAGUUCACAGCACUAGUCACUGUGCCUCUCUCUGUAGCCUUAAUCUAGAUGGUGGCUGUGUCAGCUUUGGUACUUCAGGCAUAGAGGUGAGCUCUAUUUUGGCCUUAAGACUAUUGACUUAGGUUAUGAUUAGUAGGGGUAAGCCAUGGAUCCAUCUAACUCUCAGCAUGCGACAGCUACGGCCUAGCAUGGGUACAACUACUGUAGGUUACUGCAAGGUAACUACUAAAGCAGUGGUUUUCAACCUGUGGUCUGCAGACCCGUGGGGAUCCAUAGACUGUCUGAGGGGUCCAUGAAAGAUGACUAUGAUCAAUCAAAAAUAUGUCAAUACCUAUGCUUACAAUUCAAAGGGGUCUACGCUGCCAUUUGAAAUUUUGUAAACCUCUAUGAAUGAAAAAAGGUUGAAAACUACUGUUCUAGAGUCUGGCCUGUUAAAUGAUUACCUGAAGAUAUAAUUGCAGCAGCUCUUUUUCACUCCAGCCCCUUUCCUGUCCUGCCCUCUGCAAUAUUUUCCUCAUUUUGUAGUAUGGGGAGUGGUCAGUGCUGCUUGGCUUGGUAUUGAGGUGUCUAAUGGGGCUGGCUGGGAGGAAGCCCCAAGGUUUUGGCAACUCAGAGUCCUAAAAUUAGCUCCUUGUAGUACCUGUUAAGGCCUCGCUUGGUCACAGAGGUAAUUCAGGAAUCACUUCCUGACACGGCACUCUAGAGCUAUGACUAACAUUUCUCUGGGAUGCACCUCACCCACACCUGUCCUGGUUCAGGAAGUCAUGCUCCUGCGUGAAUCACAUAGCAAUGAAAGCCAUGGAAAGGGAGAGAAUUCACCCUCGUGCCUGGACAUGUCUUCUCUCGCUUGCAUCCCCACCUAGACUGGGCACAGGUGGUGUGUGGCUCUGGCAGCCAGGCCUGGGGAAGGCUUUGCAGGGGCUACUGUAGCUGGUGCCCAUUCCUGGCACCUUGGCUUUGCCCUGGGUGGCCUUGCAGUGGCUCCCUACAGCUCCAAAAUUUGGGCAGUCAGGGAGUCAGGUGAACUGGUCCCUCUAAUUCGCUCUUGACUGACAUCUUGGAUGGCAGCUAAAGGUGACUGGAGGCCUCCAAGCUGGGCACAGUAGGGCUUAGGCUGCAGCAAGCACCACAGCUGGCAGGAGCUGGAUCAGCGCUGUCAGGUGUAGAAUAAUGAUCGUAUUUGUACAAUAAUUUCAACCCGUGUAUGAUGUUAUGUACAAUCAAUAAUAGUAAAAUUGUUUAAAAUGUACAAUAAUUUUUAAGGCAGUUAAUUGAUGCAACAUAUGCAAAACCCAAGUGACUCUCAGGAAGUCUUAACUGACUUUUGGGUUUGCCGUCAGCACUUCCUUAUGAGUGCUUGUCUCAAAAUAAAUGCUUCAGCUUUGAUGAUCCAGUCACUCAGCGGCAAAGUAUAGUGAGCAAUAUAAAGUAAACAAUAAGAAGACUUAUUUGCAUACUUUUUUUCAGUGUAUGAUAGUUUUGUUUUAGCAAAUACGAUAAUUUUGAACUUCCAGUAUGAUAAUUUCAUAUUUAAGACCUGGCAACAUUGAGCUGGAUGCUGUGCCCCUGCUCCCUCCCCUUGCAGCCCUCUGUGCUUCCCUCCUCCCCACUACCCUUGGUGACUGCAGGGCCAGCCAGCACUCCUGGGCAGGGGCCCACUCAACCCCCAGUAGGGGGUCCCUGCACUGCCUUUCCUAAGGGUGGACAGUAGGUUGCCACUACAACUCCCAGCAUGCCCUGAGACCAGGACUCUAACUCCCAGCAUGCAUCGCCGUAGGCACAUUACGCUUCAGGAAACAACUGUCAGGCCUACGCCUCCCGGCAUGCAUCGCGGCCGCCAUCCGGCGGCCCUUGCCCAAGCCUGGCGUCCUGCGGUCUUCAGCGAGGGGGGGCGUGGAACGCGCCUCUGAUUGGCUGCUGGGGCCCUGGCAGAGAUGGCGUGGCCUUGUUGGCGCGGAGUAACGCCAUUGGCGGCCGCGGCGACUGGGGCGGGGCCGGUUUGGUGGCGGUGGCGGGAACUCGGAGGCUAAGCGUGAUCAGGGCUGAGAAGCCGGAUCCGGACCCGAGGGUAAGGAGCGAGCGCCAUGCCCAGCACCAGGGCCCAGGUUCAGACCGCCAUCGGCUUCCCCAAGAAGAAGCUUGCCCGGACGCCCAGCAAGGGGCUGGGGAGCUGCCGAGCCCCGGAGCCCAGCGGAGCCACUCUGGGCCCAGCCCCAGCGCUGCCCCUCAGCCCUCGCAAGCGCCUCGGCGACGACAACCUGUGCAACAUUAUCCAGUUGGCACCCUGCUCCCCAACGAAGCAGAGCAAGAAAGAAAAUGGACCCCCAUCUGUCUCCCACAAAGGACGGCGCUUGUUCUUUGGUGAGCAGCUGACAGCAAGAUCUCCUGACAAGAGAAGCAAUUUGGUUCUGUCCCCAAUUCGCAAGGGGCAGGAGACCCCACGGAGCUCUGAAUGCUCUCCAAAGAAGGAAGUUGUGUGCACACAUCUGUUCAAACAGGAAGGUAGUUGUUACCAGCAGGUGAAACGUGUCCUGCACACGGCUGUCCCCGAUAGACUCCAUGCCAGAGAGAAAGAGACAGACUUCAUCAAGCAGUUCCUGAAAGAACACGUCUGCAGGGAGAAACCCGGCAGCCUCUACAUCUCUGGUGCCCCUGGCACUGGGAAAACUGCUUGCCUGAGCAAAAUCCUGCAAGACUUCAAGGGCAAGCUCACGGGGAGCAAAACCAUUGUGCUCAACUGCAUGUCCCUCAGUAGCUCCCAGGCUGUGUUCCCAGCGAUAGCGGAGCAGAUGGGCCUGCAGGCAGUAGCCAAGAUGGCUGGGAAAGAAAUCACGAGGAAGCUGGAGAAGCAGCUGACAGCAAAGGGGGCACCUAUGAUCUUGCUGGUGCUUGAUGAGCUGGACCAGCUGGACAGCAAAAGGCAGGACGUGCUCUACACAGUGUUUGAAUGGCCUUGGCUUGCCAACUCCAGGCUUGUCCUCAUUGGAGUGGCCAAUGCCCUGGAUCUCACUGACCGCAUGCUGACUAGGCUGCAGGCCCGGCCCAAGUGCAAGCCCCAGCUGCUGAACUUCCUCCCUUACACAAAGGAUGAGAUCACCUCCAUCCUGCAGGAGCGACUGAAGCAGGUGCCUGGUGCCCAGGUAUUGGACAGUGCUGCCAUCCAGUUCUGCGCGCGUAAAGUCUCUGCGGUCUCUGGAGAUGCCCGGAAAGCGCUGGAUGUCUGCAGGCGAGCCAUUGAGAUUGUGGAGGUGGACGUGAGAAGCCAAACUGUCCUCAAACCGCUGCCUGGCUGCAAAUCCCCGACAUCUUCCAUGGUCUCCCCAGUUCCUAAGAGAGUUGGGCUCCCGCACAUCUCUCAGGUGAUCUCAGAUGUAUAUGGUGACAGGAUGGCCCCCAGAGGUGGGGAAGCCAACGACUCCUUCCCCCUCCAGCAGAAGAUCUUGGUCUGCUCCCUGCUGCUGCUAGCCAAGCAGUCCAAAGCCAAGGAGGUCAUGCUGGGGAAGCUCCAUGAAGCCUACAGCAAAGUUUGCCGGAAGCAGCAGGUAGCAGCUAUUGACCAGUCUGAAUGCAUCUCUCUUGUUGCUUCCUUGGAGUCCAGGGGCAUCCUAGGUCUGAAGAAAGCCAAGGAAACUAGGCUGUCAAAGGUUUUCCUGAAGAUAGAGGAGAGAGAUGUGGAACAUGCCCUUACAGAUGGAGUUUUAGUUGGAAACAUCCUGGCCGGGGGGUUGCUAUAAACUCCUCUGCCUUUGCACCUCUUGGAAAUGGACAGCCGGGGGUGGGGGGUGACGACACUGAUCUUGGACAAGUGCCAUUAUCCCCAGUCAAGACUUUUGCUGAAGCUGCCCAGGACUGUGACAGAGGAGUCUUUUAAUAGAUUAAUGUGACUGCAGCAUCUUGUCAUAAAGCUGCACCCAUGAUUUUAAAUGUGCCACUGGCUGGGAUGGAUGAUGUCCCAGGUGAGCAGAAACGCAGUGCUGUUCCUAGUGAACCAGAAAAUGGAUUUGGAAACUGGCUCCAGGACCCCUCUGGAGCCUUGUGCGUGGCUCCAUCUCUUUUCUGUAUCCAGGAUAUUUUUUUUGACUUUGUGAUGUUCCUUCCCCCCAGAAGCAGCACGUGUGUUGGGGCCCAUCACGUUGCCUUUGCUGAGCAGCCAGAGAUCAAAGGGGGAGGAUGGUGUCAUUCAGACAGCCAGAGCCUGUUCAUAGAAACGAAACCAUUAACAACGCAAGAGGCUGCAGGAGGAAAUGAGAUGGCAGGCGCUUCAUUCCCAACCCCAGGCUCCUUUUGAAGUCUGGCUAGUUCCGCGUAGCAGAUGUCACUCUUAGUAAAGCUCAAUGUCUCUGGGGCUCAAUCAGGACUUUGUAUGAAACCCUGAGGGCCAUGUGUAUCUCCAGUUUUGUGAGCUGUGGACAUGUGUGUUUCUAACUUGUUCAUAGUGUGACAGAGAGUUGCACUAAGCUCUCUGCAAGAGCAGUGGUUUCUUCUCAUCCCUGUGCUCUCAAAUUGAAUGUAUAGUCUGCCCCCCGCCCAGUACCUCCCCACCUACAUCUAUGCCUCAAAUUGCAGAUCUUUGAUCGGACUCAACUUAAGAUUUUGAAUGUGGUUCUACUUGUCCUUUUAUGACCCAUGAGGAGCCAGUGACCCAGUUCCAGUCUGAUGACUUGCGUUUCCCUCUCGGCAGCAGGGGGCGGCCUUGUAACGCAGACAGGCUCUGCUGCCCUCCCAGAAAGUUUGCAAAGUUUUGAGGAAGAUGUGAUACAUGUGCAAAGCUGGGGAAGCUGGGACGCUCCUUCUUGUUUUAGAAUAAAAAGCCUUUUUUGAUUUGGAAA